UGGAGUGCAUGAUGGAGCCCCAGGAGCUGGGCCUGGAGCAGCCGCUGGCCGCCCCCGAGCACGGCCCCGGCGGCGAGGCCGAGCUGCCGGCCGCCGAGAUCUCCCUGACGCUGGUCACCGAGAUCCAGGCCGUGGACAGGAAGGUGGACACCCAGGCCGCGCAGCUGAUGAACCUGGAGGGCAGGAUGAGGAUGGCCGAGACGAAGCUGAUCGGCUGCGAGAAAACGGCGGUGGAGUUCGGGAACCAGCUGGAGAGCAAGUGGACGGCGCUGGGCACCCUGAUCCAAGAGUACGGGCAGCUGCAGAAGCGGCUGGAGAACAUGGAGAACCUGCUGAAGAACAGGAAUUUCUGGAUCCUGCGGCUGCCCCCGGGGGCGAAAGGGGAAGUCCCCAAGGUCCCCGUGGCCUUCAACGACGCCUCGUUUAACUUCUCUGAGGAGGAGUGGAAGAGCCUCAACGAGUGGCAGAAGGAGCUCUACAGGCACAUCAUGAAAGGCAACUACGAGGCCGUCAUCUCCAUGGACGCUGCCAUUUCCAAGCCUGAGCUGCUGACACGGAUUGAGCAGGGAGAGGAUCCCAACACUGAGGAUCAGGAGGACUCUGAGGGAGGAGAGACCCCCACAGACCCCACCACUGAGUUUUUCUUCCCUGGGCCUGAUGACAGCUCGUGGGGUAAAUAUGAAGAAACUCUGGCUGAAAGCCAUGAAGGCUCUGAGGAAGAGGAGAGCAUGGAGGUCCCUGGUACAUACGAACAGCCGUGCGAUGAGGAAGGCUCCGAGAGCCUGGAGCUUUCCAGGUCAUUGACAGGAAAGUGGGAAGAGGUUUUCUCCAACCCGGAGGAGGAGAUGCAGUCGAGCAGCAAGAGCCAGAGCGGGUCGGCCCCGCCGCAGCGAACGGCGACGGGCAACGGGCUGAGGCGCUCCGUGCGCCGCGGGAGAGACUUGGCCAGGAAGGAUCCCGAGGAGGCGGCGGCCGACAAGGGGCCCUACAUCUGCUGCGAGUGCGGCCAGAGCUUCCUGGACAAGCAGCUCUUCGCCACCCACCAGAAGGCGCACGCCAGCGAGGAGGCCUGCACGUCCCUGGAGCGCGGCGAGAGCUUCCGGCAGAAAUCCAAAGCCAAGGGCCAGGGCCCCUCCCGCUCCAAAGCGUCCAAGCGCCCCGACGGGGAGAAGAGCUCGGGCUUCAAGUACGGCUUCGUCAGGCACCAGGUGAACAACAUGGUGGAGAGGCCCUACACCUGCUCCCAGUGCAAGGAGAGCUUCAGCCUGGAAGUGAGUCUGAUCCUGCACCAGAAGCUGCACACGGGGAAGGGCGACGGGCCGCUGACGUGCACCUACUGCGGGAAGGACUUCCGAGACCUCUCCAAGGCCAUCCGCCACCAGCGCAUCCACACCGGGGAGAGGCCCUACCAGUGCACCGAGUGCGGCAAGAGCUUCAUCCGGCGGGACCACCUGCUCAAGCACUGGCGGGUGCACACCGGGGAGACCCCCUACCAGUGCCCUGUCUGCGGGAAGCACUUCCGCUACAAAGAGUCCCUGAAUUGCCACCAGAAAAUCCACUCGCGCAACCCGCGGCCCGGGGAGGAUUCCCAGCACAACCUGGGCUCGGCGGGCACCCAAACCGACCAUUUCUGCGUGAAAAAAGAGACUAAGCACCGAGCUCCUCGGGCAAUCCCGAGUGUCGCCAACGGCCCCAGCCCCGUCAGUUCUCCAAUCCCCCGGUCCCCGCAGUCCCCCCCGGUCCCCCCCCGUCCCCGCGGUUCCCGGUGCGGGCGGUGCCGUGGGGGGGCCCCGACGGGGCGGGGCGCUGAUGCCGUCGGCCCGCCAGAGGGCGCUGUGCGGCGCGCGCCCGCCCCGCUCCGCCCCGCUCCGCGCGCGGUCCGGCGGCGGCAGCGCCCCCUGGCGGCGCGGCGGGGCAGCGGCGCGGCCGGAGCGCCGGACCCGGACCCGGACCCGGAGCCGCGCUCGGUGUCGGAGCCGCCGCCGCCCCCGCCCCGCUGCCUCCGCCCGCUGGGUAAAGGGCGCCCGCCCGGCGCGGGGCCGGGCCCGGCGCGCACCGCCCGCCCGCGGCUCGCGGGCCGCACGUCGGGGCUCACGGGCCGCGCCGUCGGGGCCGCGGCGGGCGGGGGGGCGGCGGGCGGCGGGCGCUGUCAGCGCGCGGGGCCGCGGCCGCCCCCCGGGGCGACGGGCGGGGACGGGACGGGCGGCCCCGGGGGGCGGCGGCGCCGCGCCGAGCCCGCCCGGGCCUCCGCGGCCGGCGGCGCCCGCGCUGCCGUCGAGGCCGGGCCUGCUCGGCCGCGCGCCGCCGCCCCCCCCGCCGCCGCCGGGCCCUGCGGCUCCCCGGGACCGACCCGCCGCCGCCCCCGCCUCCCGUGUCACCGCCCGGUCCCCAUGGCGACGGGGCGCCCGCAGCCCCCCGGGUGUCCCCUCGCCGUGCCCAUGGCAACGGGGCUCGGCCGGCCCGUGUCACCCCGCGCCCCCCUUCCCGUGUCACCUCCCGGCCCCGCGCUGUCACCUCCCCCACCCCCGCCGCCGCGGGUCCUGCCCGUCCCGUGGGACCGGCACGGGGCCGCCGUAAGCGGCUUAGCGCGGACACGGGGACGUCCCCGCCGCCCCGGCGAGCGCCGGGCCCUGCAGCGGCCCCCGCAGCGGGGUCCGCAUGGCCCCGGGGAUGUCCCCAUCGCCCCGGGGGGCGCCCGUCACACCGCGGGCGGGUCUCUAUCGCCCCGGGCGGGUCCCUGUCCCCCUGGGGACAUCCCGCGGCCUGACCCCGCGCCCUUGUGUCCGCAGGCGCCGGAGCCGGUGCGGCCGCCGCGCUGCCCCUCGCCCCUCCGGCCAGCGGCCGGCCCCGAGCGCACCUCGGAGCGGGAGACGCAGACGGCUGAGCUGUCCCUGACCGUGGUGGCGGCCGUGCAGGCGGUGGAGCGCAAGGUGGAUUCCCACUCCACCCGCCUGCUGGACCUGGAGGGUCGGACGGGGAUGGCGGAGAAGAAGCUGAUCGACUGCGAGAAGACGGCGGCGGAGCUGGGGAACCAGCUGGAGAGCAAGUGCGCGGCGCUGGGCACCCUUAUCCAGGAGUACGGGCUGCUCCAGCGGCGCCUGGAGAACAUGGAGAACCUCCUGAAGAACAGGAACUUCUGGAUCCUGCGGCUGCCCCCGGGCAGGAAGGGGGAAGUCCCCAAGGUGCCGGUGACCUUUGAUGACGUGUCCGUCUAUUUCAAUGACAAGGAAUGGGAGAAGCUGGAGGAGUGGCAGAAGGAGCUCUACAAGAAUGUGAUGAAGGGGAACUAUGAAUCUCUGAUCUCCCUGGACUAUGCAAUUUCCAAACCUGGUGUUUUGUCUCAGAUCGAGCAAGGGGAGGAAUCGCGGGGCAGGAAUGAGCAGGACCUGGAGGAGAGUGAGAUCAUUACUGAUGCCACGGCAGCUGGAAUAAGGGUGGUGAUCAAAACAGAGGAGCUCCUUCCUGAAGACAGCCCCGAGAACCCCGAGCUGCACGGGAUGUCGGGGCAGUCCGAGGGCAGCUUCCAGAGCCCCGACGAGGAGGCGGCCUGCGAGAGCCCCUACGGCUCCGUGUCCCCCCCGAGGGAGCUGCCGGGCACCAGCCUGGGCGACUCCUCCGAGUACGGAGCCGACUUCAGCGAGAUCCAGAGGGUCAUCGUUCACCACGGGGGCUGCACAGAGGAUGGGAUCGUGAUCAAGACAGAGGAGGAGGAGGAGGAGGAGGAGGAGGAGGAGGAGGAGGAUGACCCCGACACGCUGGAGCCGUGCGCCAUGUUCUCGGGCCGGAGCGAGGCGCCGGCGUUCGCCAGCCACGAGGCCGGGCUGGGCUGCGAGGCGCAGUGCAGCUCCAAGGCGCAGCCCCGCAGCCUGGCCCGCGUCAGGAAGCCCUCGGCCUGCGAGAGGGACUCCGGGGAUAUGAAGCCGGCCAGCGGGCAGCAGCGGAACCGGACGCGGGAGAGACCCUACAUCUGCCCCGAGUGCGGCAAGAGCUUCAUGCUCAAGAUCAACUUCAUGAUCCACCAGCGCAACCACCUCAAGGAAGGGCCCUACGAGUGCCACGAGUGCGACCUCAGCUUCCGCAACAAGCAGCAGUUCCUGCUGCACCAGCGCAGCCACACGCGCCGCGGCGUGGGGGUCCCGCGGCGCCCCGAGCACGGCCUCAAGCCCCCAUCGCGGCCCCCGCCCCCGGGGAAGCCCUACAAGUGCUCCGAGUGCGAGAGCAGCUUCAGCCACAAGUCGAGCCUCAGCAAACACCAGAUCACCCACGUCGGGGAGCGGCCCUUCACCUGCGGCGAGUGCCGGAGGAGCUUCCGCCUGCAGAUCAGCCUGCUCAUGCACCAGAGGAUCCACGCGGGCAAGAACGAGAUGGCCUUCCUGUGCCCCCAGUGCGGCAAGAACUUCACCCGGCCCUCCCACCUGCUGCGGCACCAGCGGACUCACACCGGCGAGCGGCCCUACCAGUGCAGCCAGUGCGAGAAGACCUUCAGCGAGAAGUCCAAGCUCACCAACCAUUACCGCAUCCACACGCGGGAGCGCCCGCACGCCUGCGCCGUCUGCGGGAAGGGCUUCAUCCGCAAGCAUCACCUCCUGGAGCACCAGCGCAUCCACACGGGCGAGCGGCCCUACCAUUGCACCGAGUGCGGCAAGAACUUCACGCAGAAGCAUCACCUCCUGGAGCACCAGCGGGCGCACACCGGCGAGCGGCCCUACCCCUGCACCGAGUGCACCAAGUGCUUCCGCUACAAGCAGUCGCUCAAGUACCACCUGAGGACGCACAUGGGAGAGUGAGGGGCUGCCGAGGCUUCCUCUCCCUCCCUCCCUCCCUCCAUCCCUCCCUUCCUCCUCGUCCUCCUUCUCCUCCACUGAUGUCUCCCACCCUCCCUCCAUCCAUCUCUCCCCACCCCGGCUCAGGGCAUGGACAUCAAGGAAGCUUUGUGUGGUAGCGCCGCUGGUCUGGUGGAGACUCGGCUGAUUGGAAAUAAAUUAAUGAAUUAAAGCAAGCAACGCGCGGCAAAAUUAAAAGAUUAUAUAUAAAAAAAAUUAACAGAAGCAGCUGAUUUAGGGGGAAUCCUCACCAACAAGCAAACAAACCACCAACAAAAGAAACCUGUACACAGGGUGUUUUGCCGGAGUAGGACUCCUAACUGCUUUUUAAAUCUACUGUUUAGUUUUUUUUAAUAAAUGUGGAGGAACUUUUUAUUUGAUAAGCAACUUUAGGAUGGGCAAGAUUUUAUUUUCGGGUUUGUUUUUUGUUUGUUUGGUUUGGUUUGGUUUUUUUUUUGUUAACUGCUCUGUAGGCUGAUUCUGGCACAGUCACUUUUUGUCCAGGAGCUCUGUGGAGGCACUGCUCUGGUCCGGGCUGGAUGUGACAGGAGGAGCUCCAGCCAGGGGGAGGUGAGUAAUUAACAGAUGCAGCUGAUGAGGAAGUUCUGCGUGUGUCUAGAUUGGAAGCACUGAUAGGUGCCUGCCCGGCUCGCGGGGCUGUGAUGCACUCCUGAAUUAUACAAUAGAAUAAAAUUCUAGUUGCAGUAAAAGACCCUUUUUCUGGUAGGACCCCUCCGCAAGGCUCCCACAAACACUCAUUCCCAGCGCUCAGUCCUCCCACCGGGGCCUGGCCCUGCUGCCCCCGAGGGCAUGGGGUGCUGUGGGUCUGGCCAUUUCCUGCUAUGGGGCCAGCAGGGACUGAGAGCAAGACCUUGUUGUGUUUAACUGCUCUGCUGUCCUUGAGCCGCUGCCAGGGGCAUCGACCGUGCCCUCCUCAAUGGCAGGAGCGGCGGGAUUCGUGCCCAGGGGAGGAGCAGCUCCAGGCUGGCUCCAAGGAAAGACCUCCCUGCUCCUGGGCACCUGCUGCCAGGGUGGGUGGCACACAAUCCAUCUCCCUGCUGUGGGUCUGAGCUCCUGUUUGUACCAGCUCAGUUCCUGGGGAUCCCACCUCGUCCUGGCUGCAGCUCCUGAGCUUGGGCUGUGGCUGGGUGAGAGCCAUCCGAAGGGCUAGACUGGAGCUGCACUGGUGACACCAACUGAA